AUCAGCUACGCCCCGCGCCAGAGCAUGCCUGAAACCACGCUGUGGUCUUGACCCUUGAUAGACUCGCAGACUGGCGGCUGGUGUGCGACGAAGCAGCACUGGCACUACUGAUCGUCGUAUACGGGAUCAAAAGUGAGUCCUCCUGCCUCCCAACCUGGCAUUCCGACUCAAGAUAUGUCAUUUUCGACCAGAGAAUCCCAGCGUGGGUGGGGAUCGGAACCUAACAUCCAUGCUGGACUCGUUGGAUUGCUUCGAUGUAUGGGUGCAUGGAUUGCCGCCAAGAGCAGCUUACCAUAUAGCUGGGUAUCAUCAUGAUCUCGUCUGGGGGGUUCAAAGGCUUGACGUGCCUAAGAAUGAGGCGAAGCGAGAGUGUGGCCUUUCUGUAGCCGGUGCGACGUAUGAGACGACCCAGGAUGAUGUUGUCCUGAAAGCAGAACUCCAAGAUCUCCAGUGUGACGGGCUAGAUCUUGCUCCACCAUGUUCCAGAGUUCACGAACGGGGGGUUACUUGCACGGCACCGUGCACUCCACCAUCUCACCCCGUCAUGUUCCGAAUCACUUGCUCCACCGUGUUACAGAGCGCACGAUCACAGUCGCUAGCGCGAUAUAGUGAUCUACCAUAUUCCCAAGUACAAGGUGCUCCACCAUGUUACAAGGUACACGGUGACCCGAGCACAAUUCUGCCUGUGCAUACUCGUGCGCUCUAUACACGACUUGGGACCGAAGAUCUUGCACAAGUACAGAAUCAAUGGGAACAUGAUCUGAUCGGGGAAAUCUUAGAGGAUUUCCGAAAGCUGAGGCCGGCCAUUGAGGAUGUGGAAUUCUGCAAUGGAUUCAUCGGUACUGGACCAAUGGAGGAAUGUGCAUCUGAACGGAAUACUCCGCAACACCGACCUGGUGAAAAUCCAACCUACCAUCUCCAUGUCGAAUGGUCCAUCAUCGGUAUUUGGCAAGCAUUCCGUGGGACGAACACAGGGGUUAAAGCUGCCUCCUCCAUCGUCUCAAGGGGAAGUGGUUACAGCUUGUCCAAGAGGUGUUAUGGUACUCCUGUCACACUCUGGAACGCAAGGAGGCCGAGUGGCGCCCAGAAGAAAAAGAAAGGGGAAGGAGCGGAAGGCCGACUAUUGGUCGGCUCGCUACUUGCGAGGAAAGACAAUUAUGCUCUAGAUGCUGAGUGA